AUGUUCACCAAAACCAAUUUUCUGAAACCAUUCGCUCCACCACCGCUUUACGGCAGACAAACGAAAACAUGUCUUCCGAUCGAUAUUUUCUGUGCUUGCCCAUGUCAUUGUCAUUCGUUGGCUUGGCUUCGUUCCGUUGUGCUCGCUUAUUUGCGGGUUGUAUUUGUGUGGGUUGUGAGGCGUGGAUUACGUGGUUUAAGUGAGGGGAAUUGUCGGGAUCUCAUUCUUUGUUCUUUUAUUUGUCACGAACUAAGAUUUUAUUGUGAAGCACACGUUAAAGCUAUACAGCGAACAGACGUUAUCAAUUAUUAA